AUGACCUCGUUUGAAGAAGCUGAAACAGAAGAGACUGUAACAUGCCUCCACAUGACUUUCUACCACCCUUGCCAGAAUGAGAAGAUGAUGUUUUGCUGCUUGAACCUCCAUAAGCGAGAGCAGGUGAAGGCACACGAAACAGCCACGUUUGGCCGCGACUCCAGCGACUGCCGUUACAUUUUGAGGGAUUCUCGUGUCUCCCGGAUCCAGUUCUCCUUGCAGUUCUACAGGAAGCUCAACAGCUCAGAAUGUGGCUUUGAGAUCAAGAACAUGAGCAAGAAAACAAAGCUGACUGUGAACCAAACAGAACUGGGUUACCUCAACAAAAUAGACCUCCCGUGGAAGUGCAUAAUUUGCUUUGGGGAAUACCAGAUCCUAGCAGAGAUCCAGGAAGGGGAAUCUAUGGAUUAUUUUGAGACACACUUCCACCUGGCUGCAGCACCAAUCCUGCAAGAAAGAUGCCUGCCAUCCCUGCAGCCUGUGCCAGAGAAUGGCAUUUCUUCCUUUUAUCUUUCCCAAGGCAAAAAGCCUAUGGAGAUUGAUGAAAAUGAGCCAUGCUAG